AUGGCUCCAAUCUCCAUAGUAGCAGACGGUGCAAUCCCGCCAAAAUCAGGGAUAAAAGUUAUAGUAGUAGGAGCUGGUUUUGGCGGUCUCACAGCAGCAAUAGAAUCGCACCGACAAGGCCACAGCGUAGAAAUCUACGAAUCAUUCCCAGAAUUGAAACCACUUGGUGACAUAAUCUCAUUCGGGAAUAAUGGAGGGCGGAUAUUUCAUCGUUGGGACAACGGAAGCGUAUCCGCCUCAAUGCGCGCCAUAUCCAUAAACCUACAAACCUACGGUUUCAAAAUCCACAAAUACGAUACCGGCGAAGUUGUCCGUCAUCAAGCGGCCGCGCCACGGAAUGAAGAGGCGCCUGCGUUUAAUGGGCACAGAGGAGAGCUGCAUGAGAUCGUAUUUCGGUAUGCCGAGAGUUUAGGGAUCAAGAUACAUCUGGGAAGGAGAGUGGUGAGGUAUUUCGAGGAUGGCGAGGGGGCGGGUGUGGAGUUUGAGGUAAGAGGUGUGGGGGUGGAGAAUGAGGGAAAGAGGGAGGUGGUGAGAGGUGAUGUGGUUGUUGGUGCGGAUGGGGUGAGGAGUAAGGCUAGAACACUGGUUUUGGGGUAUGAAGAUAAACCGAAGAGUUCGGGGUAUGCUGUUUGGCGAGCAUGGUAUUCGAACAAAGACAUGCUUUUGGACCCUCUCACGGCGCCAUUCUGCACCAACGGCGAUACCUUUAACGGCUGGAUAGGCCCAGACGUUCAUUUUCUCUUUUCCACCAUCAAGAACGGGUCUGAUUGCUGUUGGGUGUUAACGCACAAAGACGAACACGAUAUAGAUGAAUCUUGGUCGUUUCCGGGAAAACUUGAAGAUGUGCUUAAAGUGCUAGAAGGAUGGGAUCCUAUGUGUAAACGGAUAGUGGAAAAGACGCCCAGUAUCGUAGAUUGGAAGUUGGUGUACCGGGAUCCUUUACCCACGUGGGUGAGCAAGGAAGGCAGAAUAUGUCUGCUAGGAGACGCUGCUCACCCGUUCUUGCCAACGAGCGCGCAAGGUGCGACACAAGCCUUAGAAGACGGCGUAACACUUGCCGUGUGUUUGAAAAGAGCUGGCAAGCAAAAUGUUGCCGCAGCUGUGAGAGCAUAUCAGGAGAUCAGGUAUGAUCGAGUAAAAGCUGUACAGAAGAUAGGAGAGACGACGAGAGAUAUGUGGCAUAAAGCUGAUUGGGAUAAGGUAAAGAAAGAUCCUAAAAGUAUUGAACUUCCCCGCGAGGAUUGGAUUCUGAAAUUCGAUGCAGAGAGGCAUGCUGAAGAGGUCUUUGAUGAGGUUGUGAAGAACCUUUCUUGA